AUGGAAAGCUUUUUUAUUGUUAUUUUAACAGUUUUAGUUAUGUUAUUUUACAUAGUUUGUUAUUAUUUCACAAGAAAUUUUGACUAUUGGAAGAAGCGAAGUGUUGCUGGACCAAAGCCAUUGCCGUUUUUCGGUACAUUCAAAGACACUAUCUUGAGCAAGAUCCACAUGGCUGAUUAUUUGAAAUCAAUUUACGACGUCUACCCGAAUGAUCCGAUGAUUGGUCUUUUCUCACGUACAACGCCGUUUCUGUUGGUGAAAGAUCCGGAAUUAGUGAAAGAUGUGCUUAUCAAGAGUUUCAUGACAUUCCGAAAUCGAGGCAUAACAUUUCACGCCGACCUCGAACCGCUCGCGCAAAAUUUAUUCUUCCUCGAAUACAAAAGAUGGAAACCAUUGCGCAGGAAGUUGACACCGGUGUUCACUUCAGGAAAACUCAAGGAAAUGUUUUAUCUGAUUGAUGAAUGUACUCAACAUUUCGUUAAUUGUCUAGAAAAAUUAGCGAUUACAAAGGAACCUAUUGAAUGCCGAGAGAUCACAGCCAAAUUCACUACUGAUGUAAUUGGAGUUUGCGUAUAUGGCUUAAAUUUGAAUGCCAUGAAGGAUGAAAACAGUGAUUUUAGAAAAAUUGGACGUGAAUUAUUUGCUGAUAAUUGGUCUAAUAGAAUAAGAAUCAAUACAAGAAUAAUGCCUCACUGGUUUGCAGCUCUCUUCAAACCGAUUGUUACAAAUCAACAGACCAUUGAUUUUUUCGUAAAUACUAUAAUGCAAACGAUCGAGUACAGGAAAAAAAAUAAUAUACGGCGAAAUGACUUUAUCGAUAAUUUAAGAGAUAUAAGAGAACAUCCAGAGCAAGUUGGGGAAGAAAAAAUAUCAGAUGUUUUACUUAGUGCACAAGCCUUUGCUUUUUUCGUUGCUGGAUUUGAAACGUCAUCUACUACCAUCAGCAACGCAAUGUAUGAAUUAGCUUUGAAUCCCGCUAUUCAAGAUAUUCUACGCGAUGAAAUUAAUAAAGUUACGAGCCAAAGUGGUGGAAAAUUGAAUUACGAAAGUAUCAAGAAUAUGAAAUAUCUUGAUAAAGUGUUUCAAGAGACUUUGCGCAAGUAUCCGCCUGCAUUUAUUAUAAUAAGAGAAGCGUCAGACGAUCACUUAUUUGAUAAAAAUGGUAUUUCUAUAACGAAGGGAACAAGAAUUUUUAUUUCUGUUUACUCUAUACAUCACGAUCCGAAUAUCUACCCUGAUCCGGAAAAAUUUGAUCCUGAAAGAUUCACCGAAGAAGCUGUAAAAUUAAGAUCGCCCAUGACGUUUUUACCUUUUGGCGAUGGACCGCGAAAUUGUAUUGGGGAAAGAUUUGCGCACCUUCAAACGAAAUUAGGACUUGCCGCUGCAGUUAAACAUUUCAAACGUGAAACAUGUGAGAAAACUAAUAAAGUUUAUAAAAAGAAAUUGAACGUUCUACUUUUGGCACCUGAAGAAGUUGAUAGUGAAUCGAAACGAAUAAUGGAAAUCUGUUCUGUUGAAAUUCUUGUAGGACUAGUGGCACUUUUAUACGUGGUGUACCAUCUUUUAACGUGGAACUUUGAUUAUUGGGAGAAACGUCAAGUCGUUGGGCCCAAGCCGAAACCGCUUUACGGAACCUUUGAGGACAUUACUCUUGAAAGUGUUCAUGACGUUAAUUACAUAAAAUCGAUCUACGAUGCCUAUCCUGGCCAACCUGCAGUUGGCCUUUUUAAACGCUCGAAUCCAGUUUUGUUGUUGAGAGAUCCAGAUCUAAUAAAAGAUGUGCUGAUCAAAAAUUUUCAACAUUUUUCUAAUCGCGGUAACGAGACUCACAAGAGCAUCGCUCCUUUAGCAAGUCAUUUAUUCUUUCUUAAAUACAAGGAGUGGAAACCAAUGCGGACGGUAUUGUCACCAACUUUCACCUCGGGGAAACUGAAAGAAAUGUUCUACUUGAUCACUGAAUGCACUGAACACUUCGUGAACUAUAUUGGACAAUUAGCGGAAAAAAAUGAACCUAUUGAAUGCCGAGAGAUGAAUGCAAAAUUCACUACAGACGUCAUCGGCAUUUGUGCUUUUGGCUUAAACAUGAAUUCGAUGGCCGAUGAAGACAGUGAUUUUCGAAAAAUGGGACGUAAAAUCUUUGACAGAAGUAUUAUGAAUAGAAUAAGACGAAUCGUUAACAAAUCAUAUAACUGGAUACGAAUAUUGUUGAGUCCGCUUAUUGUUGAUAGGGAACUGGUAAACUUUUUUGUAAAUUGUCUUAAUGAGACAAUAAAAUAUCGCAAGGAAAAUGGUGUCAGAAGAAAUGAUUUUGUUGAUCUGUUGAUAAAUGUUCGAGACCAUCCAGAAAAAUUAGGAGAUGGCGUCGAAUUAACUGAUCUCUUACUGACCUGCCAAGCUUUCGUUUUCUUCGCUGCUGGAUUUGAAACGUCAUCUAGUACGUUAAGUAAUGCCAUGUACGAAUUAGCUUUGCACCCUGAAAUUCAAAAUAGACUUCGCGACGACGUAACAAAGACAUUCGAGAAAAAUAAUGGAAAAUUGAAUUAUGACAGCAUUAUAGAUAUGAAAUAUCUGGAUAAAGUUUUCAAAGAGACCUUACGCAAAUAUCCACCGGUAUUUUCUUUGACAAGAGAAGCAACGAGUGACCACACUUUCGUCAACAGUAAAUUAUCGAUUACAAAAGGAACAAGCAUUAUAAUACCCGCCUACGCUAUUCAGCACGACCCGACAAUUUAUCCAAAUCCCGAACAGUUCAACCCUGAGAGAUUUGAGGAACAAGAAGUCAAGUCAAGGCGACAUAUGACCUACCUACCGUUCGGUGACGGUCCACGAAAUUGUAUCGGAGAGCGAUUCGCUUACAUUCAAACAAAAUUAGGCCUCGCCUAUGCGAUCAAAAACUUUGAGUUUCAAGUUUGCGAUAAAACGCCGAGAACGUUUAGAACGCGCCCUGCCACUGUUAUUUUAUCACCGAUAGAUCCUUUGUACUUGACAAUCAAGAAAGUAACCUGAGUACUUAUGCGAAUCUACGUUAAAUGACCAUCGAAAGUGUUCUAAUCAUUUGUCAGUUGUUCAAAACUGCACUGACUAAUUAUCCUAAGUGAUUUCUUAAAAAAUUAUUUACAACGUUGAUUAUACAUAAAUAUAAGAAUAAUAAAAUGAUGUUAGUUUUUGUUAUACUCAAAAAUAAAUCUAAAUAUGUAAUUGUUUAUUUAUAUAAAAACCAUUGUAUAAUCAAUAGAAUUAU